GUUGUGACUUUCGUGCAUAAUUCAUGAGAGGCGGGGCAUCCCGAGCCCUUUUGUUAGAAGGGUGGGGCCGGGCGGGGUGGGAGCCACCGCCAAGAUGUCCUACGUGCCUGGGCAGCCGGUCACCGCAGUGGUGCAAAGAGUUGAGAUCCACAAAUUGCGCCAAGGGGAAAACUUGAUUCUGGGGUUCAGCAUCGGUGGGGGCAUCGACCAGGACCCGACUCAGAACCCCUUCUCCGAAGAUAAGACCGACAAGGGCAUUUACGUCACCAGGGUGUCAGAAGGGGGCCCCGCGGAGGUGGCGGGCCUUCAGAUUGGAGACAAGAUCAUGCAGGUGAAUGGCUGGGACAUGACGAUGGUGACCCACGACCAGGCCCGCAAGAGACUCACCAAAAGGAAUGAGGAGGUGGUGCGGCUGCUGGUGACCCGGCAGGGCCUGCAGAAAGCUGUGCAGCAGUCCAUGCUGGCCUAGGCCAGCCUCCGUCCCUCCCUCUGCCGGCCUGGGGGAGCUGGCUCCUCUGCAGCCCUUCCUGCCAGGGACGUGGAAGCAGGAGUGGCGGCUGCGGGCCCCCCUGACCCCCCCCCCCCCCCCGCCUUAUUUUUGUUACUCGGCCGAAUAAACGAAGCUGGCCUUCGGGCCUUCCUCCUC